GGCGGGGCAGACCGUCCGUGUCUGGGUCCUGGAAUCUGUUUGCUUGUAGCGGGUUUGUCCACGCGUAGCCGGGGUGCCCGGGAGCCGGGUCAGGACCGCUUCCCGGAUGGCUAUUCGGGACUGAGCAUGCAAGGACAGUGAGGAGGAUAGGACUCACCUCCACGCCGUCGUACAAACCGUGAUCCUCCUGUGACGGGCGUUUGCCAGGGCCCGGCCAGGCAGCGCGCGCUCCGCGACCGCGAAGGGGGCGCCCUGGACAUUGCGCGCAUUUAACGCUGGGGAGACUGAGGCUAGGCCCGAGGUAACACCCCGCUCAGGACAAGGCAAGGUAGGUGGUCGGCUGAGCCCGCGCGCCUCUCGACCCCUCUCCACCCACAGACUCCGAUGGCGGCGGCGACACUGGUGCACCUGGCGCAGGGCUGUGUGACCUUUGAGGACGUGGCCAUUUGCUUUUCCCAGGAGGAGUGGGGCCUCCUUGAUGAGGCUCAGAGGCUCUUGUAUUGCAAUGUGAUGCUGGAGAACUUUGCACUUAUAGCCUCGCUGGGACUUACGUCUUUCAGGUCUCAUCUAGUUGCCCAACUGGAGAUGGGGAAAGAGCUCUGGGUACCAGACAGAGUGGACCUGACUCCAGCCAUAGGAGGAGGGGCUUAUUGGGGGCAUGGCUCUGGUUUCUGGCAUGGAAUGGAGUGCCAGCAGUCACCUUCUGAGCAUAGUGUUUUUAUAGAAGGAGUAUCACAGGACAGAAAUCCCAAGGCAAGUGUGUCCAUCCAGGACUACUCUUGUGACAUGAGUGGCCUAUUCUUGAAAGACAUUUUGCACCUUGUUGAACAUCAGGCAACAUACCCCAGCCAGAAACCAUACAUGUGUGGGACAUUUGGGAGAGGAUUCAGGUUCAAUGCAAACCUUCACCGGCAACAGAUGCAGCAGAAUGUAGAGAAGCCCAACAGAAGGGAUGAGGAUAGGGCCUCAUUUGUGAAGAGUCGCAGAGCCCACAUGUCAGAGAAGCCUUUCAUAUGUAUGGAGGAUGGGAAGGACUUCAUGGCCAGAUCAGGCUUUCUCCAGCAUCAGGUCACUCACAGUCUUGGGGAGCCACAUAGGAGCACUGAAAUUGUAGUGGGUGUUCACAGAGUGCAGAGGAAUUACAAGUGCAGCGAAUGUGGGAAAACUUUCGGUGACAAAUCCACACUCGUUCAGCACCAGAGAAUCCAUGCUGGAGAAGGGCCUUAUGAAUGUGGUGUUUGUGGGAAAUUCUUUAGACAGACCUCUACCUUCAAUAUACAUCAGAGAGUUCACACUGGAGAAAGAUCUUAUGAGUGCAGCGAAUGUGGAAAAACCUUCAGCCACAAAACCAGAUUUAUUCAGCACCAGAAAAUCCACACUAAAGAAAGGCCUUACGAGUGCAGCGAAUGUGGGAAAUUAUUUAGCCAGUGCUCUGGCCUCUUUCAACACCAGAGGGUUCACACUGGAGAAAAGCCUUAUGAGUGUCGUGAAUGUGGAAAAUUCUUUAGGCACAUCUCCAGUCUAAUUAAACAUCGGAGAGUUCACACUGGAGAAAUGCCUUAUGAGUGUGGUGAAUGUGGGAAAUUCUUUAGCCAAAGCUCCAACCUCAUUCAACAUCGGCGGGUUCACACUGGAGAAAGGCCUUAUGAGUGCAGUGAAUGUGGGAAAUUAUUUAGCCAAAGCUCCAACCUAAUUAAACAUCGAAGGGUUCACACUGGUGAAAGCCCUCAUGAGUGCAGUGAAUGUGGGAAAGCCUUUAGCUACAACUCCAACCUAAUUAAGCAUCGGAGAGUUCACACUGGAGAAAGGCCUUAUAAGUGCAACGAAUGUGGGAAAUUCUUUAGCCACAUCUCCAGUCUCAUUAAACAUCGAAGAAUUCACACAGGUGAACAGCCUUAUGAGUGCAGUGAAUGUGGGAGAUUCUUUAGCCAAAGCUCCAGCCUCAGUAACCAUCGGAGACUUCACACUGGUGAACGUCCUUAUGAGUGCAAUGAAUGUGGGAAAGCCUUCAGCCAAAGCUCUGACCUCAUGAAACAUCAGAGAGUUCACAGUGGUGAGCGACCUUAUGAGUGCAGUGAAUGUGGGAAAGCCUUCAGCCAAAGGUCUAAUCUGAUUCAACAUCAGAAACUUCACAAACCAGGUAGGCCUUACUAGUGCAGCAGAUGUGGGAAAGCCUUCAGCCUAAUCUCAUUUGGCACUGGACAGUUCACACUGUAGAAAGGCCGUAGAAGUGCAGGGAAUGUGCUCCCUCCUUGUUCAACAUAAUGGCUGACACCAGAGAUAAGCUCAGAGAACAGUCUUUCUCAGAGAAUUAUCAGCCAGAAGUGAACCUUGUUCAUCCAAACAUCCACACUGGGAAGAUUCCUUAUAAUUGCUAGGUAUGGUGGAAGCUUUCUGGAGCUAAGUUGCAUUUUGUGACCGUGGACUCUGACCAGUGACCACCAUUUUGUCACUGCCAGUGUUUGUAGCAGAAGCCAUCAGUUCUACACACUGGCAGUCCCUCAGAGUGUGCCAGCCACUCCACUGUGCUCAGGGAAGGCAGCCCUCUGCUCUCUCCUUCCAGUCCACUGAAGGGAAUUGUGAAUAGCCUGAGGCCAUUGGAAGGCAUUAUUCCCUCCCACUGUAACUGGUUUACUGUGGAUAUGACCCCAUGUUUAGCCACAAAGACAUGAGCUGGGUUCUGCUGUCAGCUUGCAGAGAUUUCCCUUUUUCAAAGACAUUGUUCUCAUGUGAUGCCCAUGAUGGAUUUAUUCAGCCUUCAAGUUACCCAACCCAGCAAAUACUUGCUUUACAUUGUUCUGGUCUGUGUAAUAAAGACCUUAUUGUUAAAGCUACCUUUAGUCUUUUGUGUGUGGGUGGUGGGUAAAGAACAGGUCUGGCUUUAUUUGCAUUACUACCCAAGGCUUCUUAGGAAAAUAUGUGGGCUUAAUGUUGUGGUCUGAAUGCCACGAAUUUUUGUAAACCCAGAGGUCGCCCUGUGGAGGAAGUUGUAACCUCCAGUGCAUUUGAGAGCAGCAUGAAUUGGGUCCUUUGUUCUGAGGGUAUGCCCACAUUCCCCAGCACUGUUAAGGGGAAACUGUUUAACUGGCACCUGCCAAGGAGGUGUGCUCUUAAAUCUAACAUCUGGUAAGCAUAUGUGUCUAACUGUAAGUCCUACCAGGCCCAGGUGGGAACUAUAAUUUGUAUAGAAACACUGAGUUGAUAGGGAGUAGGUGAGACUACAGCAAACUAGAGGAAAUGUACCUAUUCUAAAGGUGUAUCCACAAUUGUUCCCUUGAAUGUGACUGUGCAGGAUGUGGGGUUUGCAGAAAUCCCACAGACUUCCAGACUCUGUUCAAUGGCCAGAGUCACUGGCAAAGAAAAUGAGAAAAUAAAGUUUUUGUGGAUUACUGCAGCCUCUCGGCAGUCUUCAUCUGAAGGCCAUUACUGCAUGUGCAGAAAAAUGAGACAGAGAAGGCAGAUCAUGUAGUCCAGGGAUGUAGUAUUUGACAUUGCAAGUAUUUCUGAAGAAUCAGGAGGAAAUGGCCUUCAUUGCUUAGCUUUUUUUUUUUUUCUUCCUGCCAAGGCAUAAGGAGAAGGGAAAGGAUCAGAACUAUGCAUUUGGUCUUCAAAGCUGGGGAGGCUAGAGGGAUCAACUAGAGAGUGGGUAGAGACAGAACUAUGCCUUCGGACCCUUUAAGUUUUAGAGGGGGAGCAGGUAAGGAGUAGAUGGCAAAGGAGAUGGACAAGUUGUAGUCAGACGGGUGACUCCCUUGGUGUAAAAAGUGAAUCAAGGAGGGAGCGGCAUCACUGCUUCCCAGGAGGACCCCCAUGAGCAGGGAUUGUGUAUAUUUCUCUCUCUCUUAUGCACUUCCCUUAGGUGGGUACCUGAGCACAUAGUAGAUCCUCAGUGAAUACUUGUUAAGAUGUUUUGACUGAAGAUGGCAUUACUGUAGCAGCAUCAGUGUAGCAACUGGAAACCCCUACAAUUCAGUUCCUGGACUGUGCCUGAUGGUGAGGUCUCCCCAUCUCUACAACCUGCCUCUACAAAGCCUGCCUCCAGAUUUCUAUGGGUUUCACCCUCCCCUGGAUGUCCUAAGCGCUCCAUCUAAGCGGACUGACAUUAAAGCUCAGAUCACUAAUCCAUUUUGGACUCUUAGACUUCUCUCUGGGAGGAGAGGGGAGGGAAGAAAAGAGCUUCAGACAUGCAUCCCACCCAGCAACCAUUGUGGGGUGGAUAGGGCCCCUGCCUGAGGGAGGGGCUCUCAGGUGACAAGUCUAAUAUUCCUGUCAUGACUGUUCCUGGUAAAGGAAAAGCAAAGUACAAGGAACUGUCAAACAGAAAUUGAUAGCAGAUAUCUUGCUUUGAUUUGGGGUUUUCUUACAAAACCAAAUAUUCACUUUAAAGAAAUCCCUGACCAAAAUUGAUCUGCCAAGUUUUCACCCAAAGUUGCAAUCCUUUCUUUCCUGUUAGAACCCAAGCUUACGAAAUUUGAAUUUCACAAGAUAUGGCUGUGUGGAGGGGCAGAGACCAUCUUGUAGACUGAUAUCCGUUGAUCUCAGUAAAAGGUGGGAAAGCAGGCCUCAAUCUAUCAUGUUAAGAUUAGCCAAUGGUUGAUCUUCUAUGUUUCUCUCUCCUCUUUAUAAGUCUCAUUGUACCUAGCUUCUUCAAGCCAUUUUUGCUUUUUCUGGAAUCAAAAUGAUCUCCCUAUGUGCAUAUAGGAAACCCUGGUGGCGUAGUGGUUAAGAGCUAGGCUGCUAACCAAAAGAUUGGCAGUUCAAAUCCACCAGGUGCUCUUUGGAAACCAUAUGGGGCGGUUCUGCUCUGUCCUAUAGGGUUGCUAUGAGUUGGAAUCAACUCGGUGGCAAUGGGUUUUAUGAGUAUAUGCAUAUAGAAAAACUGUUCAGAAUAAACCUUAUAUUCAAAUGUCACUGAGUUUUUUAUUAUUUUUUAACAGCAGUAAUGAUCUGCUCCCAUAAAGAUUACAGCCUAGGAAACCCCAUGGGACAGUUUUACUCUGUCUCAUGGGGCAGCUAUGAGUCAGAAUUAACUUGAUGGCACCCAACAACAACAACCCAUUCCCCAGAGCCUUGGUGGCACAGUGGUUAAAGUGCUUGGCUGCUAACCAGGUCGCUGGUUUGAACCCACCAGCCCACUCCACAGGAGAAAGAUGUGGCAGUCUGCUUCUCUAAAGAUUUACAGCAUUGGAAAUUCUAUGGGGCAGUUCUACUCUGUCCUAUAGGGUUGCUAAGAGUCAGAAUUGACUCUACAGCAAUGGGAAUCCAUUCCCCAGAAGGAUUUGAUUGAUGAAGAGCAACCAAAACUCCUUCGCCCACAUCUUGCUCUCCUGAUCCUCAGUAAAGUUUAGCAUCACAGAAAAAUGACAAAAGUACACAGAACAUUACACUCAUUUAAAAAAAAAAAAUCAAAACAGCCCUGUUGGGAACAUAGUGAAGGAAGAUAGUUCCAGAACGAGUCCACAAGGUUAAACUCAUCAGUUAGUACAUGAAAAUUCUCCAUGGGACACUUAUCCAGACUGAGCUAAUUAUGCCACAUUAUGUCUUAGUUAUCUAGUGCUGCUGUAACAGAAAUACAGCAAGUGCAUUUUCUAUACUAUGUUGUUGUUAGGUGCCAUCGAGUAGAUUCAGAUUUAUAGCAACCCCAUGUGCGACAGAACAAAACACUGCCUGGUCUUGUGCCAUCCUCACAAUUAUUGCUAUGUUUGAGCCCAUUGUUGCAGCCACUGUGUGAAUCCAUCUCAUUAAGGGUCUUCCUCAUUUUCACUGAGCCUCUACUUUACCAAGCAUGAUGUUGUUCUCCAGGGACUGGUCCCUCCUAAUAACAUGUCCAAAGCAUGUGAGACGAAGUCUUGCCAUCCUUGCUUCUAAUAAGCAUGCUGGCUGUAGUUGCUUCCAAGACAGAUUUGUUCUCACACUUUAGGAGGCUAGAACUCCAAAUAUAGGUUGCUGGCUCUAAGGGAAGGCUUUCCUUCUCUAUUGGCUCCGGGGAAGUCUUUGUGUCUUCAGCUUGUUUCCUGGUUCCUUGGAGAUGGCCAUGUGUCUUGGCAUCAAUCUUUUCCCAUCUUUCCUCUGCUCCCUUGUUUAACCUCUUUUAUAUCUCAAAAGAGAUUGACUUGAGGCGCGGCCAAGAUGGCGGACUAGGCAGACGCUACCUCGGAUCCCUCUUGCAACAAAGACACGGAAAAACAAGUGAAUCGAUCACAUACAUAACAAUCUACGAACCCUGAACAACAAACACAGAUUUAGAGACGGAGAACGAACUAAUACGGGGAAGCUGCGAUUGUUUUCAGAGCCUGGAGCCAGCGUACCAGUCAGAUACGGCACAAGCACAGAGAGCUGCUCCACUCCCCUGAACCAACACCGGGAGGGGGCCCAGCCGGUUCGCGCCGGCGGCGUGGCGACGCAGCCGGUGGGAGAAGUCCCCGGGAGGCAGUGACUGGUCUUGGAGCGGGGAGAGCAGCAUCCCAGCUGGGGAACCGUCCUGCCGGGAUUUGGACUGGACGCAGGUACGGCAUAAACACGGAGAGCUGCUCCAACCACCCGAACUAACCCCGGGAAGAGGGCCCAGCCCGUUCGCUCAGGCAGCAUGGGACACAGCGGGUAGGAGAAGUCCCCGGGAGGCAGCGACUGGUAUUGGAGUGGGGAGAGCAGCGUCCCAGCCAGGACACUCGGUCACGGCACAAGCACGGGGAGCUGCUCCACUCACCUGAACUAACCCCGGGAGAGGGCCCAGCCAGUUCUCGGAGGCGGCACGGCGACGCGGCUGGCGGGCCAAGAAGUCCCCGGGAGGGAGCGACUGAUUUUGGAGUUGAGAGUGCACCAUCCCAGCAGGGGAGCCUUGACCCUGGGCGUGGGGCUGGAAGCGGAGGAUCUGACCAUGACUCCAGCGGCCCAGACCCCCCGGGGGCAAUCUCCACACAGCCAGCAUACAUAGGCGACGCGCCCCGCGGGAAUCUCAGAUAUAAUAGUCAUUCCAAGCAAGACGAGCAACUCUGGCUAUAUUCUGAGGUGCUACUCUCCUAUCUCUCUGUUCCCUCCCCUACCCUCCCCAGGCGGCUUCAUUAACAUCCGAAUAGCCUAAGCCAGAGGGAGAACUCUGAUAGGGAUCUGACUGCAUUUUUUUUUAGCGGAUUUUCUGGAAAAACUAGUUUCCCAGUGAUGGCUCGGAAACAGCAGUCCAUAUCAAACCACCUAAAGAAGCAGACCAUGACAGCUUCUCCAACCCCCCAAACAAAAGAAUCAAAAUCUUUCCCAAAUGAAGAUACAAUCCUGGAAUUAUCAGAUACAGAAUAUAAAAAACUAAUUUACAGAAUGCUACAAGAUAUCACAAAUGAAAUAAGGCAAACUGCAGAAAAAGCCAAGGAACACACUGAUAAAACUGUUGAAGAACUCAAAAAAAUUAUUCAAGAACAUAGUGGAAAAUUAAUAAGUUGCAAGAAUCCAUACAGAGACAGCAUGUAGAAAUCCAAAAGAUUAACAAUAAAAUUACAGAAUUAGACAACGCAAUAGGAAGUCAGAGGAGCAGACUCGAGCAAUUAGAAUGCAGACUGGGACAUCUGGAGGACCAGGGAAUCAACACC